AUGGACGCUGGGAAGCCUGUGACCCAAGAACAACAGAAGAUACCCCAUCCACUUCAAUGUCUGACCUCUCCAGACUUGGACGUUAUCCCGGAACGUGUGCUAAACGAGGCCACCAGAGGCCCGUUAAAGAGUUUCAUCCAGCAUGCCGAUUCCCUGUUAUCGAUCAUCCCCAUCUGGAAAUGUCUUUUCAGAACAUUUUCUUCCAACGAUCUAUCAUCAUCUCAUAUGGUGGCUAUUUGUAAUGCAAUUAGCGCGUUUCUUGAUGCGACAACUCUCUCUAUAAAUGCUCAGAUCCGCGAGUUUACUUUGUCCGAAUCUAAGCCUCCCUGGACCUGUACCUUUGAGUUCUUUCUUGACCGUUAUGAGCGCAAACCGAAGCCAAUGAGGCUGGUCCUAACGUCGCUAAUUAGAAUUGCUUCAAGGCACCGCGACGACUCUAUCAUCCAGUCAUCCCCAACAUCAUCCUAUGUGAACCCCGGCCAAGGCUCAAGGCUUGCCUAG